AUGGAACCUGUGGUUGUACUUGAAGAUGUUGUACUUGAGGCUGUUGUACUUGAGGAUGUUGUACUUGAAGAUGUUGUACUUGAGGAUGUUGUAUUUAAGGGUGUUGUACCUGAGGAUGUUGUACUUGAGGAUGUUGUACUUGAGGAUGUUGUACUUGAGGAUGUUGUACUUGAGGAUGUUGUACUUGAGGCUGUUGUACUUGAGGAUGUUGUACUUGAGGAUGAUGUACUUGAGGAUGUUGUACUUGAGGAUGUUGUACUUGAAGAUGUUGUACUUGAGGAUGUUGUACUUGAGGAUGUUUUACUUAAGGAUGUUGACUUGCGUGUUUUGCGACAGUUUCGUCACAUUCUAAAUUCCCUCACCUGA